AUGAGCCACCGCGGCAGCGGCUCCGCGCGCUGCAGGCUCCUCGACGCGAGUCACGCCACCGCCCUCGGCGCCUCUUCGCCGGUGCCCGAGGAAACUUACGAUCAUCUUUUGGAAGUUCCGGUCACUCGGGAGCAUCUGAACCACUACAGGAAUGUAGCUGAAAAUGCUCAAAGUGAACUCGCAGCAACUUUGGUCAGAUUUGAAUGUGUUCAGUCAGAGCUUCGAGACCUCCGAUCCAAGGUACUUUCUAAAGAAGUUUGCUGUCAAGAGUUGAAAGCUGAAAUGGAGAGCUAUAAAGAAAACAAUGCCAGGAAAUCAUGUCUCCUCACCUCUUUGAGAGACAGAAUUCAGGAGCUAGAAGAAAAAUCAGCAGUACUUUCUACUUCUAAAAUGAGAACAGAAAUGACAGCUCACAAUGCCAUCAAGGAGAACCAGGGGUUCAAGACGAAAGUGAUAAAAUUAGAAGAACAAUUACAAAAGUGUUUAAAGGAAAACGAGGAGACUAAGAAUGAAGUCUUAAAGAAUUGCCGAAAACAGGAGGAAUUUCUAUCUCAACUUCGUGACUGCCUGGAUCCAGAUAAAAAGAAUGAAAAAGCGUCAGAUAAAGAUUUGAUUUUAAAGCUUCGAGAGCUGUGCAAGGAAAAUGCAUCUGCAAAAGGACGAAUUGUUACUCUUGAAGAGACCAUAAAUGUCCAUGAGAUGGAGGCAAAGGCUAGCAGAGAGACCAUUGUGAGGCUGGCUGAAGAAGUAAACAGGCAGCAGGAAAAAAGUGCCUCCUGUCUUGACGAGAAAGACAAGCGGAGCCAGGACUUGCUCAGGGCUGUGGAGGCAAAAGCAGCUCUUGAAAAGGAGGUUCAGAUCUUCCAGGACAGGCUGCUUACUGGCCAGCGGGUCUGGGAUGCCUUGAAGCAGGAGCUAAGCCAGCUGAAGAAAAGCUCUCAUGAGCUGGAGGCGAGUUUGAAGGCCAGCCUGGAUGAAGCGGCAGCCUCGCGAAGCCGGUACUCCUCGUUUCGUCAGAAAAUCGCAGCCCUUCUCAGGGGCAGCUGGGACACGACUGAGGCCACGGAGGACGCCAUUUUGGAGAGGAUACGUGAAAUGGGCAGCCAGGAAGAGAGCAGGAUAAAGAUGGUCUCUCAGCUUGAAGCCCAAAUAUCUAAGCUUGUGGAACAGUUGGCGGAUGAGACAGGGUCGCACCAGAAGUCUCUGCAGAAGGCCCAGGAAACGGAGAAGAAGUUGGAGACUCUUCAGGGCCAACUGGCACACCUGGAGGGGGAGCUGGUCUCUGGAGACUUUGUGCGCGACAACCUGAAUUUUGAGAAACAAAAAUAUCUUAAAUUUCUGGAUCAGCUUUCAGAGAAAAUGAAGUUGGACCAGAUGGCUGCUGAACUUGGCUUUGACAUGCGUCUGGAUGUAGUUUUAGCUCGCACCGAGCAGCUGGUCCGCCUUGAGAGCCAUGCAGUCAUUGAAAACAAGACGAUCGCCCAUAAUUUACAGAGAAAGCUAAAGACUCAGAAGGAACGGUUGGAGAGCAAAGACCUGCACGUGAGCCUCCUCCGGCAGAAAAUAGUCCAGCUGCAGGAGGAGAAGCAGAUGCGCACGGCCUUGACCAUGGAGAGGGACGAGGCCACUCUCACCCUCAGGAAGGUGGAGAAGAAGGUGGAGAGGCUGCAGAAGGAGCUGAGCGCGUGUCGAGAAUCCAACACUGAGCUCAAAGCCAAACUUGCUGACACCAAUGAGCUUAAGAUUAAAACUUUGGAACAGAGCAAAGCCAUUGAAGACCUAAAUAAAUCCAGAGACAAAGUGGAGAAGAUGAAGGAGAAGGCUGAGAAGGAGCUCCUGUCAGUCAAGGCAGAACUUGACACCACAAAACAGGAGGCGAGGGAGCAUAAAGAGAGGACCCAAAACACGAUGGAAGUGAUAACCAGUGAAAUGAAGACCCUAAAAAAAUCUCUGGAAGAGGCAGAAAAGAGAGAGAAGCAGCUGAUGGACUUCAGGGAAGUAGUUUCUAAGAUGCUGGGCUUGAAUGUGACCAAUCUUGCACUUCCUGACUAUGAAAUCAUCAAGUGUCUUGAACGACUGAUCCACUCACAUCAGCACCACUUUGUCACCUGUGCCUGCUUCAAAGAUGUGAUCUCUGGGCGAGACAGGCACCAGCAAGACCACUUAAAACCUCUUCAUUGA